AUGGUUCAGAGCACCGCUCAUGUUAACCUUCUCCGAAAGGUCAAACGACAAAGUAAAGAUGAAGUCGCCAGACCGACAUCUAACCUGCAAGAAAACAGCCAAGGAAAGCCCACAAAAGGCAUUGCAGACUUGAGUUCAAUUCCCAUCCCUACAAUUUCAGAAGUUCUUGAGCUGUUAUUUGCUUUCAGGGGAGAUUGGCCCUUACUCUGGGAAGGGCGCCUGUCAUGUUUUCUCCUCCACGCUUCUGUUCUCCUGCUGCUCAGCAAGGGGGAGCGGAUGUGCCCUGUGAGUUGCCGCUGUGAAGGCAAGAUUGUUUACUGCGAGUCUGGCGGCUUUCAAGACGUCCCGGAGAACAUCUCUCUAGGGUGCCAGGGUCUAUCUCUGCGCUACAACAGCCUCCUGUUGUUGCUACCUUACCAGUUUGCUCACCUCAACCAGCUGGUCUGGCUCUACCUGGACCACAAUUCCAUCAGCACAGUGGAUAGGCUGGCCUUCCAGGGACUCCGUCGGCUAAAGGAGCUUAUUCUGAGCUCGAACAAAAUUGCGCAGUUGCAAAACGGCACGUUUGAGACUGUCCCGAACCUGCGCAACCUUGACCUGUCAUACAAUCAGAUGCAGGACUUAGUACCUGGGCAUUUCCAUGGACUUCGCAAGCUGCAAAACCUUCACUUGCGAUCAAACAACAUCAGAAGCAUACCUGUCCGUACUUUCAUGGAAUGUCGGAGUCUGGAAUUUCUGGAUUUGGGCUACAAUCGCUUACGGACUAUAACUCGUACGACCUUCCUGGGACUGCUCAGGCUGACAGAACUUCACCUUGAACACAAUCAGUUUUCCCGGAUUAACUUUUUCCUAUUUCCACGGCUCUUAAACCUGCAGGCUCUUUAUCUGCAAUGGAAUCGCAUACGGACAGUUGUCCAAGGUUCGCCUUGGACUUGGCACACUUUACAGAAACUGGAUCUAUCAGGCAACGAGAUUCAGAUUUUGGAUCCUGCUAUUUUUAGGUGUUUGCCCAACUUGCACACACUCAAUCUGGAGUCUAAUAAGAUCAGCAACGUGUCACUGGAAGUGGUUUCAUCGUGGAUCUCCAUUAGCACCAUCAACCUGGCAGGAAACAUAUGGGACUGCAGCUCUAGCAUAUGCCCUUUGGUGUCUUGGCUGAGAAACUUCAGAGGAACUAGAGAUGCCAGCAUUAUUUGCAGCACUCCCAAAUCCCUUCAGGGUGAAAGAGUCAUGGACGCGGUGAGGAACAACUCGGUGUGUGAGGAGAUGUUUACUGUGGAACCGACCACAGAAUUAACUCUUCUUUUGACUACUACUACGACAACUCUUUAUGUGACAAAGCCACCCACAACCACCACUGCAACUCCACGCACCACGACUAGACAAUUUUCCCAAGUUACCCACAUACAAAGACUGACCCCAAAGGUUUUAUUGCCGGUUCGACCUGAGAAAGAAUUCCUAACGGUGACACCAAGCAGCUUACCCUUCACCCCCGAACCGGAGUUUGAGCAUAUGACCUUCCACAAGAUCAUUGCUGGCAGCGUUGCCCUAUUCCUCUCAGUGUCAUUAAUCCUAUUAGUGAUUUACGUGUCGUGGAGAAGGUAUCCUAACAGCAUGAGACAACUCCAGCAGCAUUCCAUCCGGCGCAAGCGCAGGAAAAAGACCCGAGAGCCUGAACAUAACAUCAACUCUCAACUGCAAGAAUAUUAUCUGAGCUACAACCAUGCCAAUGCAGAGACCAUGGACUCUUUGGUUAACGGGGCGUGCACCUGCACCAUCUCGGGCUCCAGAGAGUGCGAGAAUGCAUACUCGUAUCCCAGACCGCUACCGGGGGCCUGGAUGGGAGACGUACCCACAAUUCACUGAGGAGGCACACUACUGGCCAUUAUGAUUUGCAGCGGCUCAGAUAAAGCCCUUCCUGG